UGCAAGGGUUUAUAUAUAGAGGAGAGAUGUUAGACUCCUCUAUUAACGCAGUUUGAAAUAACAACAAAAAUAAGCUCAGAAUAAUCCCGGUGGAGAAACAGCUUAUUGUGACGGCGACGCUGGCGUUUGAAACUUCAGCAAUAACAACAAUAACAUUUAGCCGCCGCCAUCGCCAACACCUCCGUUAACAACAAUGGGAAAAGGAGGCGGUGCGAUUAGUGAUCCAAACAAGGUUCAUGAUGAUCCUGUCGAAAUUCCAGAUACUGCACAUCAAAUCAGUAGCGAUUCAUGGUUGCAAGUGGCAUUUGUACUCACCAAUGGAGUCAACAGUGCUUUUGUUCUUGGAUAUUCCGGGACUGUCAUGGUUCCCCUUGGCUGGAUAGGGGGUGUAGUUGGUCUCAUUCUUGCUGCUUUGGUAUCACUCUAUGCUAAUGCCCUUAUUGCUAAUAUCCAUGAAUUAGGAGGGACAAGACACAUCAGAUAUAGAGAUCUUGCUGGAUAUGUAUAUGGUAAAAAGGCAUAUAAACUCACAUGGGCUCUUCAGUAUAUCAAUCUUUUUAUGAUAAAUACUGGCUUCAUUAUUCUGGCUGGUUCAGCCUUAAAAGCUACUUAUACCUUGUUUAGGGAUGAUGCUCAGCUGAAGCUUCCAUAUUGUAUAGUUAUAGCUGGUUUUGUGUGUGCAAUGUUUGCCAUUUGUAUUCCUCAUCUUUCAGCUCUUGGAAUUUGGUUGGCAGUUUCAACCGUCUUCGGCUUGGUAUACAUUUCCGUAGCAUCUGUUCUAUCAAUUAAAGAUGGAAUACAUUCACCGCCUCGAGAUUACACCAUUCCAGGAGAAGGGGCAAGUAAAGUAUUUGAAACGAUUGGGGCGUCUGCUAACCUAGUGUUCGCAUAUAACACCGGCAUGCUUCCCGAGAUUCAGGCAACAAUUAAGCAGCCAGUUGUCAAGAACAUGAUGAAAUCCCUUUAUUUUCAGUUUACAGUCGGAGUUAUACCAUUGUACCUUAUAACCUUUUCAGGAUAUUGGGCUUAUGGAUCUUCCACAGAAACCUAUUUACUGAAUAGUGUCAACGGUCCGGUCUGGGUGAAGGCUUUCGCCAAUAUUUCAGCCUUCCUUCAAUCAGUCAUCGCCCUGCAUAUAUUUGCAAGUCCAAUGUAUGAGUAUUUGGAUACUAGACAUGGGAUCAAAGGAAGCGCAAUGAAUAUUAAGAACUUGUCGUAUAGAAUAACAGUAAGAGGCGGGUACCUGGUAUUUAACACAUUCAUAGCAGCUCUCCUGCCUUUUCUCGGAGAUUUCAUGAGCCUCACGGGAGCGAUCAGCACAUUUCCCCUUACAUUUAUUCUUGCAAACCAUAUGUACAUGGUGGCAAAGAAGAACAAAUUAACAUGUUUACAGAAGCUCUGGCACUGGAUCAACAUUGUUUUCUUUAGCAUCAUGUCUAUUGCAGCAACAGUUGCAGCACUACGGCUUAUUUCCGUAGACUCCAAAACAUACCAUGUCUUCGCAGAUAUUUGAUGAAACUCAUUACAUUUUUGCAGAAGUCGUAAUAAUGCCAGCAUGUUUCAAAUGCUUCCAUUGUUGGUGAAGAGCAUAGGAUUUUCUUGUAGAAGAUAGUAUCAUUGGAGCAACCAAUGACAAUCAUUAAUGUUGGAAGAGUUUUUCAUAGGAAAUGUAAAAGUUUCAAAGUGGGGAUGAGUUUGAAAAACUCCAUAAGUCCUACAUUGUUGGAAAAACUAUGUGUGUUGGUGUGUGAUUUGAAAAAAUCUCAAAUCCCAGAUUGCUUUGUUUACAUGUCGGUUUCUAACAUUCUAUAUGAAAAAGAAAAUUUGAAGUCUCA